AUGCUGGAGACCGUCACCUUCAGCGAUGUCCUCGGCUAUGCAUCCAUAGGCAGCUGGCUCGGCGCACAGUUCCCACAGGUUCUUGAGAAUGUACGCCGGCAGUCAGCAGACGGCCUUGCGCUUCCUUUUCUGCUGAACUGGGCGUUGGGCGACGCAACAAAUCUUCUGGGAUGCAUCCUCACCCACCAGCUCCCCUUUCAAACGUAUCUGGCGACGUAUUUUUGCUUCGUAGAUGCAACGCUCCUGGUUCAAUUCUUCUACUACCGCUUUAAGUAUCCCGCAAAGCCUUCGUAUCUAUCCGCGCGUCCGCGUACAACGUCAGUGACAGCCCGCCGGAUGUCUGUCGAGCGUGAGGCAAGCCACUAUCGCGCUCUAUCUAGCGUUGCCGCCAACGUUGCCGCUGCGGCCGCUCUAGCUGCAGGACAGGAGGACUACGCGCGUUGGAGGCGGAAUAGUACUGAACGUGGCCCGUAUUCGGCUGUCGAACCGCGUAAUCUUCCGGAUGACGAUGACGACAAUGUGUCGGACGAAGCUCUUGCGCGCCUCUCUGACAGUUUCCAAUCGGAAGGCGGACGGAUAGGUCGAGGGAAGAAAGUCUCAUGGAGCCGGGAGCGACGCGGGGGUAGUUUGGGUAGGAAUCGUCAGUCCACUACGUCUCCGUCGGGCCAAUUACAUGCAUCCCUGGCUAUGACGCUGCAGCCUGAAGAGGCAGAGGCGCUGGCCCGUGGGAGAUCAUUAUCUCGGGAGGUACAAGGCGACGAAGGGGAUGAAGAAUGGUCUGCAUCGCGAAGACGUAGUUCGCGAGCCAGCAGAAAAGGCGCGAGCAUGGUGUUUCUGGGCGCGUGGGCUCUAUUCGGCAUUGGCACAUUGGCUAGCAGCCAGCACGGACUCACCUCAAGUGGCAAACCUACGACUGGUCGUGUAUUAUCCAUGUCUGAUUUUUCGCCGCCGCUGCCACAGCAUGCUGAGCGAGUUUCGUCCCUGCUAAUGUCGAAUCCCGAAUCACACACAGAUCACAUAGUCACUGCUCAGUUGUUUGCGCGCGAUUUUGAACCAAUAGACUUUGACUCCCUCAACCAGCCUGAACAAUCUACAGAGUUCAUCAUUGGACGUGUAUCGGCAUGGACAUGCACCAUCCUAUAUUUGACAUCUCGAUUGCCUCAGAUUUGGAAAAAUUUCGUCAGGAAAUCUGUAGAGGGCCUGUCGAUGUAUCUAUUUAUCUUUGCUUUCCUCGGCAACUUUUUUUACGUUUCAUCUAUCCUCACAUCGCCCAAGCUUGGCCUACCUGAGGCAGAGGCGUCUGCGUUUAUCAAAGAAAGUAUACCGUAUCUUCUGGGGAGCGGGGGAACUCUUGUGUUUGAUGUCACUAUUGUGACACAAUCUUUCAUUUACAGACCUAAGACUCAUAGUCGAGGUCGGCGUGCAUCAAGGGCGGGCUUAGCAGAAGAGGAGGGACUGUUAAGUGCAGGAGCAACUGGCGCAGAGGAUAUUAUCACGCCUUCUCGCAGACGGACAGGUGUUUCGGCGGACUCUGAUGCUGUGUAG